AUGGCAGUUCCAUCCUUGCGUUUGGAAAGUCCAUUGGCCCUCGAGUAUGUAUGGACUAACGCGGCCUGCGUCGUUGGAACUCUUGUGGAAUGUUCUCCCGGAUGGCCCGGAAUACCGCAGCUCCCCUUAACCGGUCAGCCGCAGAGAGCCGUCCAGUGUCGGCGACGGGACGCCGAUGAUGGCUACAUGCCCAGGACUCCCUCAUACACAAACACAAAGUGUACCGGGCGCUUCCAAGGUUUGUUAAACGAAGGACUCCCGCAGCCCAGAUUGACAAAGUUGCGUCCGUCGGUUGGCGAAAGGCUGGCGGCUCGUUCGGGUACUGACGCAGAAAUAAGCUAUUCCUUGAAAAAGCCCUUGAAAAGCUGCGCAGGGACCUGGGUCGAUGGCUCCAGGCGGGAUCUUCGCUUGUCUAUGACGCCAGAUCCAAGGGUCUUAUUUCUACUCGUCUAG